UUGACGUAUUGCGGGUAGAGAUCGUUUAACACGUAGUUUCCUGAAAUACUAAGUACCUGAAAUAUCAACCAAUAAAAUGGGUCUGCUUGCUAUUUUACGAAAACUACGAUCAAAUCCUGAUAAAGAACUGCGUUUAUUGCUGUUGGGUCUGGAUAAUGCUGGAAAGACGACUAUUUUGAAAUCUUUGGCGAGCGAAGAUAUCGCACAAGUCACUCCAACGCAAGGUUUUAACAUAAAAAGCGUUCAGAGCGAAGGUUUCAAAUUAAACGUCUGGGAUAUUGGCGGAGCUCGAAAGAUUCGGCCAUACUGGCGAAAUUAUUUCGAAAACACGGACGUACUUAUUUAUGUCGUCGACAGCGCGGACAUCAAAAGACUGGAGGAAACGGGACAGGAAUUGUCGGAACUUUUGCUGGAAGAAAAAUUACGCGGAGUGCCGUUGCUGGUGUACGCGAACAAGCAAGACCUGGGACACGCCGUAACGGCGGCCGAAAUCGCGGAAGGACUCGGUUUGCACAAUAUCAAGGAUCGGGAUUGGCAGAUACAAUCGUGCAUCGCCAUCGAGGGCAAAGGCGUAAAAGAAGGCUUAGAGUGGGCGUGCAAGAACAUCAAGAGGAAAUAAUAAGCACGUCGCGAAGAUCGAGAAAUGCAAUCGGCGAUUUGGUUUCCA